AUGGGUCAUCGUUCACCAUCCGCCUCCGACGUGGAGAAGACAUCGACCAACUAUGGCGUCUCCACAGAACAACAGGAGACAGUCCUGUCUGAUGCGUCCCUCGAGCCUUACGGACCUUCAGGUUUUCGUGGUAUCUUCGCCUCCCACUAUGUAGCUAUGUGCGCAGCUUUCUCCGCAAUUGGAGGGUUGCUGUUCGGUUAUGACCAAGGUGUAAUUUCCGUCACGCUGGUGAUGGACCAGUUUCUCGAACGCUUCCCCGAAGUCUCCGACCAUGCCGCCGGCUCCGGGUUCAAGAAGGGUUUGAUGACGGCUAUGAUCACUCUCGGUGCCUUCAUCGGUGCUCUCAACCAGGGAUGGAUUGCCGAUUGGCUUUCUCGCAAGCGUUCCAUCAUGGUUGCCGUUGUGGUCUUUACCAUCGGCUCAGCCAUCCAGACAUCGGCGCUGAACUACGACAUGCUGGUCGGUGGACGCUUCAUCGGUGGUCUGGGAAUCGGCAUGCUCUCAAUGGUUGUUCCCCUCUACAUCUCCGAAAUCUCGCCUCCUGAGAUCCGUGGCUCUCUUCUCGUCUUCGAGCAGCUCUCCAUUGUGGUCGGAAUUGUCGUGUCAUUCUGGAUCACUUAUGGCACCAAGAGCAUCCCAAAUCACUGGUCCUGGCAGCUGCCUUUCCUCAUCCAGAUCAUCCCGGGUCUCCUCCUCGGCUUCGGCGCCGUGUUCCUCCCGUACUCUCCGCGAUGGCUCGCGUCCAAGGGCCGCGAGGAAGAGGCUCUCCACAACCUCUCCAAGCUCCGCACGCUUCCCGAUACCGAUCCCCGAGUUCGUCGCGAAUGGAUGGAAAUCAUCGCCGAGGCCCGUUUCCAAACCUCCGUAUCGGCCGAACGUCAUCCCAACCUCGUCGGAAACAAAGACCUUGCGAGCAGCUUCAAGCUGGAGGUGGUGUCGUGGACGGACUGCUUCAAGGCUGGAUGCUGGAAGCGAACCCAGGUCGGAGUCUUGCUCAUGUUCUUCCAACAAUUCGUUGGCAUCAACGCCUUGAUUUACUACUCCCCCACUCUCUUCGAGACCAUGGGCUUGGAUCGUAACAUGCAGCUCGUCAUGUCCGGUGUUCUUAACGUCGUGCAACUCAUCGGUGUGCUUCCGAGUUUGUGGACUAUGGAUCGCUUCGGUCGUCGGUCGAUUCUCCUGAUUGGUAGCGUUGGCAUGACCAUCUCUCACACGGUUAUUGCUGGUCUGGUUGGCGUCUACUCCCAUGACUGGCCGAGCUACCAAACCCAGGGAUGGGUCAGUGUCGUCUUUUUGAUGAUUUUCAUGUUUGUGUUCGGAGCCAGUUGGGGACCUAUCCCCUGGGCCUUGCCUUCCGAAGUCUUCCCUUCCUCGUUGCGCGCCAAGGGUGUCGCCCUCUCCACGUGUUCCAACUGGAUCAACAACUUCAUCAUCGGUCUCAUCACCCCUCCGCUCAUCCAAAACACAGGUUUCGGAACCUACGUCUUCUUCGCCGUCUUCUGCCUGCUGUCCCUCGUAUGGGUUUGGUUCUGCGUUCCGGAGACCAUGGGCAAGACGCUGGAGCAGAUGGACGAAGUGUUCGGCGACCGCAGUGGUUCCGCCGACGUGGCGAAGAAGAACCAGAUCUUCAGGGAGGUCGUGGAGGAACACAGCCGCUCGACGGUGUCUCAGGUGGUGAUCCGAUUCCAGGAAGGGUGUGUCAAAGUCAAUGGUCCAGGCUACGACCCUACCGAGAUAUUGAGCAACAUUACACCAUCGGAUUUCGGUUCGUCGAUCAAGACGAGAGGCAUGAGAGACCUCACGCCCGGAUUUGCACUCCCCGCGGUCGCGACAGCUAUUGCCGGACUGGCGAUGAUAUCAAGCGCGAUCGGUGUCGUCAAACGCAACAGGGUUACGCCUCUCGUCACGACGGUCUUGUCGGCACUGUCACUCAUCUUCGCUGCUGCCGCUAUCGGUUGUGUUUUUGGAACCUUUGAGAAGAUUAGGAAAGCUAUGCGGAACCAUAUCAUCCUAAGAACCACAGAAAGGAACGGACUGGAGUACAGGUUGUCGCCGAGAUAUGGGCCUUGUGCCAUCACACUGGUGGUUGCUUGCGUCAUCCUGUUGGUCACGACAAUCAUCGCUGCCUGCGCAUGGCUGGCAUCGAUACGUGAAGGUCGUGAAAGGCGUCGUAACAAUGUUGCUGAGAAGCACUACAGCUCAGACUACGAGAGUAGGGCGUCAACUACAGCGGACCACUAA